CCUCCACCUUUUGUAUUCCUGGGACCCCCUGAGAGGGUGCGGUAAACGGGGGCGGCCUGGACCCUCUGAAAGUGAUGGGAAGUGCUUUGUACACAAGGAACUCAACUCUAUAAUUUACAGGAGAAUUUCCGGGGCAAUUCCAUUGUGAGGUCGGGUUUAUGGUGUGUAAUCGAGCUGAGCAGUAAAAGGUGGCUGGGUUUCCAGAGCAGCCGGGCAGUUUAUGAGGCGUUUAGGGGAAGGGUUCUCCCCACUAUCCUCCUCUGAGCGGUGGGCGGCAGGGGCUUCAGCUGGUCCAACGUGGUGCAGGGGUCGGAGGCCUGGGAAGGCAGGAAUUGGGGACCUGGAUGGGAGGGAGUGAGACCACCGUGCGCUCAGCUCCGUGUGAGCUGGUACUUGGAUAGGCGAAGCCUCCACAGCUGGGUGGCAUUUAGGGGGUCGUCCCCCUAUUUGUUUUUGGUGUCUUCAAAAGAAAUGGAAGUCCACAGGGGGUUGCAGUCCCUAGACGCCAGAGCCCACUCUCCAAAUCGGCUCUAAAGCAUGUAUUGUUCCCAGGCACCCCGGCCUAGGAGGUGGAGGCCUAAGAGUGGCUGAGGUGAAGGCUACCAGAAACCUUCCACUGUUGGGAGUGCCUGGAAGGGUGCAGGCCUGAGAUUUCUCCAAGCUGGGGGAAACAGCCCUGGCUACCCAUGCGCCAGAGGGGAACCAGAAGUUGUGACAAGGACAAAAGAAUCUUUAGCCAUUUAUCGGACUGCUGGAGCCAGCCAGGUGCCCAGGAGCGAAGGCACAGAGCCUGCAGCACUACAGCGUCCGGGAGGAGGGAGAGGAACCCCACGUUAAUAAAUCUGUUGGCAAAUGAGUCUCAUUAAUAGAUAAAUAUUUCACUGUUUCCUUUAGGGCGGAUAAACAGUGUGCCUCCGAUUAAGGAAAGGAAGCUGAGAGACGUUGACUUUAUUCGAACCACAUGGUUCCAGUUUGCGGUGGCAUUCUCGCUGCAGCUGCAAGCGACGCUGCGCUUUCCCCGUCUGGAUCCGAGUCUAAGUCCGGCGUGUCGCCCACUGGACCUGGAUGAGAGAAGACUUGGGCAGAGUCGAUCUGCUCAUAGCUGAGUCCUGCCCACAAGGCCACCGAGGGGCAGUCUGUUGCGGGGAACAGAGAUCCUUCCAGGGGCUGGGCAAGCGGACAGGAGAGGGAUGGGGAGGAUCCCAAGCUGGGUCCAGGGCUCACUAGCAGGAAUGGGGGGGUUGCGCGAGGCGGGGCCGCCCGGCGUCUGCAGACCCCAGUGCCGAGGUUGGCGGCCAGCUGGGCGCUCCCGCGGAGCCUCCGGGUCUUUUUCCGCCCGACGCGCCAGGCCCACCGGGCGCGGGCGGAUUCGUUGGCCGCAUAUUUGAGCCUCUUCCCCUUCCAUUCUAGGCGGCCGCGGGCCCAGCGGAGCGAGACCACCUGUGAGGGCUGCUGAGAUUGGCGGAGGCGGUCAUGUGGGCGGUCACGUGCUGCGUCGAGCUCCGUCCAAAAGAAAAUGGGGUUUGGUGUAAAUCUGGGGGUGUAAUGUUAUCAUAUAUCACGCUACCUCGUAAAACCGACACUGAAAGCUGCCGGACAACAAAUCACAGGUCAAAAUUAUGAGUUCUUCGUAUUAUGUGAACGCGCUUUUUAGCAAAUAUACGGCGGGGGCUUCUCUGUUCCAAAAUGCCGAGCCGACUUCUUGCUCCUUUGCGCCCAACUCACAGAGAAGCGGCUACGGGGCGGGCGCCGGCGCCUUCGCCUCGACCGUUCCGGGCUUAUACAAUGUCAACAGCCCCCUUUAUCAGAGCCCCUUUGCAUCCGGCUACGGUCUGGGCGCCGACGCCUACAGCAACCUGCCCUGCGCCUCCUACGACCAAAACAUCCCCGGGCUCUGCAGUGACCUCGCCAAAGGCGCCUGCGACAAGGCGGACGAGGGCGUGCUGCACGGCCCAGCCGAAGCCAAUUUCCGCAUCUACCCCUGGAUGCGGUCUUCAGGACCUGACAGGAAGCGGGGCCGCCAGACCUACACGCGCUACCAGACACUGGAGCUGGAGAAGGAGUUCCACUUCAACCGCUACCUGACGCGGCGCCGCCGCAUUGAAAUCGCCCACGCGCUCUGCCUCACCGAGCGCCAGAUCAAGAUCUGGUUCCAGAAUCGCCGCAUGAAGUGGAAGAAAGAGCAUAAGGACGAAGGUCCGGCUGCCGCAGCAGCUCCCGAGGGCGCCGUGCCCUCUGCCGCCGCCACCGCUGCCGCGGACAAGGCUGACGAGGAGGACGAUGAUGAAGAAGAGGAAGACGAGGAGGAAUGAGGGGCCGAGCCGGGGCCCUCGCUGCACCGGACAGUCGGAAAAGCGUCUUUAAGAGACUCACUGGUUUUAUUUACAAAAAUGGGGAAAAUAAAAGAAAAUGUAAAAAAAAAAAAAAAAACAAAGAAAAAAAAAAAAAAAAAAAAACAACGAACAAACAAAACAGUCCCCAACCUGCACUCUACCCGGCCCCCAUCACCUACUCCAGCUCCCAACUUUUGUGGACUGAGCGGCCGCAGCGACUGGGUCGCCUUGGAUUCCCUCUGCCUCCGAGGACCCCAAAAGACACCCCAACCCCAGGUCAGCCGGCCCUGCGCUGGCGCGGCCAAAAUACUACCUAGCACAGGCCUCUGCUCGAGGCACCCCCAAACUACCUAUGUAUCCAGCCCAGAGGGCCUCCAUUCCCAGGAAGCCCCUAUGUAUCCCAGCACUGGCAGACACCCAGCACCACCCUCCCAGAUCCGCAAGAACGUGAAUCUCACUACUACCUACUCCCCUAAAACUACCUAUUUUGUGCUGGCUGGCUUGCCUGCUACCUAGUGCCGACUGCUCCCAGACAAGGCCCCUGCUGCUUACAGCCCGCAGGUUUUGGGGUCCCUGAGGCUGCCCUGAGAAUGUGCUGAGGUCCAGGAUCAGGGUAUUGGCAUCUAUUUAAAUUGAAAAAUAAUAUAUUUAUUCCAAAAAGCAUUCUAAGUGCUGUACCCUAGAAUCAAUCCCUCCUUCUCUGGCUUGGCACCCAAAGUUCAGGCCCAUCAACCCCCACUUCUGGAGGGGAAUGUUCCUGAGCUGGCUGCAGAUCUCUGGGUUACCUUCUGCUUAGUAGGACUGUGGAGAUGCUCCCAGCUUCGCUGUCCUUUCCUCUGGCUCCUGUAUCUUACUGUUCAGCUGUGUUAAAUAUGUACACCCUGACGUUUCCUAUAAUAGCAGAUACUGUAUAUUUGAACAAGAUUUUUUUGUUUGAUCGUUUCUAUAGUCUUGGAGUUCAUUUGUAAGGCAGUGUCUUGACUUGGAAAGGAUGUGUUAAUGGGGUGACUUUGUAGCAUGGUAUGUUGUCUUGAGCUAACUGUAGUGGGUGGGGAGGUCCAAUGCCCUCCACAAUGCCCUUCAUCUCCUGUGUUGUCCUGUAUCCCCCUCAGCUCCAUCCUGGGGUUCAGGGAAGGCACACUUCCCAGCCCAGCUGUGUUUUAUGUAACUGAAAAAUAAAGAUGCUUGGUGACAAAGAAAAA